AUGACCCGCCUUCUUUAUUUUGCGCUGACCCUGGCCUUGUCGCCUAGGGUCAUUGCGGCUAGCCUCAAAAAGAAUGUCACAGACAUUGUUCCAGGCUUGUAUGAGAAUCAGAUGGCAUUUACUGCAGCCAGCUGGUACCUGCCUUACCAAAGCAAGCUCGCCGAUACCGAAAAUGCUACAACAUGGGUUCAGAUCGAUUUGGGGGACAACGCAUCUCCCAUUGAGCAGGUACAGAUAUACCCGCUGGUUCAACCUCACUACUGGCCCGAAACUAUGCCAUACGUCAGCUUUGCGUUUCCCAGCCGCUGGAAGGUUGAGGCUGAUGAUACAGACUCCUUUGAUAACCCUACUAUGCUCAUCGACCGCACCAACGAAGACCAGCCCAACCCAAGAGAUACCAUUCAGUCAAUUCCCGUCGAUCGUAAACAAGGUGCUGGCCGUCGAUAUUUGCGGUUUACCGCCACAAAGCUAGGUAUGAGCAUAGACGGGCAGCAUUAUCAACUGGGUCUCUCAAAAUUGAGUGCUCUAUCUGAUGGAAAUGAUAUUGCUGAAGGCAAGGACGUCGCUGUCGAUCCUGUUCUGGGAAACAGCGGUGUGGUCAAUCUUGGUUCAGAUCCAUACAAUUCUGAUCUGCCUAUAAGCAACUCGUCGGCCUUGACUAGACCUCCAAGGGCAAUGGGUGAAGGAGUGAUCACCGACAAUCCCGAUAAUGUGAUCGAUCCAAAGGACUGGCAUCCGCCUCAACAGCUCGUGUCCACUCCUCUAUCCGGUGUAAAGCUGGGUAACGGUGUCAUCAAGGCUGCAAUGGUCGACAACAUCGGUUAUUUGCUUAACGAUUCCAUGGGCUCUGUUGACAAGCUAGUGCAUGACUUCCUCGCCCGUGCAGGGAAGCCAACCCCCUCAAACCUGGAUUACCCUGUCGGGUACUGGGCUCAAUAUCAGGGAUCAAACGCCGCUCGUUUUUUGAUGGGGGCGUCUAAUACCUUGCGCUGGAUAGAGAAUAGCGAGCUCCGCAGCCGAAUGGAAGCCGUCAUCGCUACGAUUGCUGAGUGUGCUGAACCCGAUGGAUUCAUAAUGGGUUAUCCGCAAGACCAAAUGUUCCUGGGAGAGCAUGCCGCAUACACACGUGCGUGGCUCACACAUGGGCUGAUUGACGCAGGUCUUACCGGUAUUCAAAAUGCGUUCACUCUCCUCCGGGGCUACUAUGACUGGUACAACAAGUACCCCCUUCUCAAGCAUCUGAUGAGGGGAUCAGUACAGGGCGCGCAGGGAAUGGUUGCCAACACCCUGAUGGCCCGCAGUCCUGUCGGGGCUCCAAGAGACGCGAAUGUAGUCCAGCAGUAUUUCCAAAUGAACUUUUGGCGUGACGGCCUUGCAGCCAGGGAUCCUAGCAUGAUUUGGCAAUACCCCUACGAUCAUCCACACACCUACCUCAGCACCAACAUGGAGGCCUAUGCAGAUCUGUACCUACUCACUGGUGACCAGCGGUACCACGACAUGCUGCUUGGCUACUGGGAGCUCUUCUUCAAGCACUGGAUCCACAUCGGCGGUUCAACAGCCAUCGUGGAAUUCGGCCAGUACCCACCAGACUCAUAUCGUCUGGACGGUUUGACGGGAGAGCUCUGUGGAAAUAGUUUCUGGAUCCGCUUGAACCAGCGUUUACACUGGCUGGAUCCGGACAACGAAGCCUACACAAAUCAAAUCGAGCAGUCUAUUUACAACGUCGUUCUCGCCAACCAGAACGGCGACAAGGGGAUUAUCUACCAUGCUCACCUCGUCGGCCAAAAGGAUUUCGAGGACCCGGCUGUGAGCCCCUACGGUAAUGGCAUGAUCAAUACCUGCUGCGAGGGCCAGGGUACGCGAACUCUGGGCUCGCUCGCGGAGUUUAUCUUCUCGCACGCCAACGAUCGCUCCGGUAUCUAUGUGAAUCUCUUCGACACCGCGGCUGUAACAUGGUCGACGCCGGAUGACCACAACGCAACUCUUAGCAUGGAAACGCAGUUCCCAUUCCACAACGAUGUACAUAUGACGUUUGCCUCGUCAAGCAAAUCCCCACUCCGGGCCAACAUCCGAAUCCGCGUCCCCUCCUGGGCAGCAAGACCUAUGCAGCUUUCCAUUAACCACAGCAAUACCACUCUCACGGGUCAUCCCGGAUCCUACCUAUCAGUCGAUCGCAUGUGGUUUUCAGGAGACACUAUGUCGUUCAUUUUACCGGCCGAAUACCACUUGGAAGAGUACACAGGCGAAUACGAGAUCCCUGGCCACUCGCGUUAUGCGCUCGAAUACGGUCCUGUGCUCAUGGCCUUUGCUGGUGCCUUGAGCAACGCAUCGAUUAGUGUCUCUGGAUCCAAGCCCUCAUCGCUUAUUGAUAUGCUGCAAGGCAAUGGCCAGCCGCUGCAUUCCACGGUCCCAGGGUAUGAAUCAUAUGAGAUAAUGCCGUACUGGCAGAUUGGGCAUCAGAAUUUCACUUGUUUUCCUGUUCUUGAUGUGGGUAGUUAA